AUGAGACCAUCUGUUUGCCUUCGGCUGGCUCGCCAGUCUGCCGCCAUAUCUCAAAGAUGUUCGACCAGGCGCAAAGGUCCGUUCCCACGGACAGGUAGCUCUCUGACUCUGGAGCUGCGCUCUGGAGUGACACCCUUCCGAGGAGCGGCUCGUUGGUUGUCUUCGGACACUGAUAAAAGCUCUUCGAGAUUUGCGGGUAGUCAGGAUGGCAACAGCGAAAGCCUGUCGCCAUUCAAGCAACAUCGACGAGACGAGCUGCGUGAAGACCAGCAGAGUGAAGCUCCGCUCUACGCUGACCCGUAUCCUCGAUUAGAGUCUUCCACAAACCGGAGGAGCGUUCCAGAAUUCUUGGACGACUUCGAUGAGCGAGCCCCCAGUGAAGAAGUGAUGUUGACAGGUCGUGUUCGUUCAAAGCGUGUAGUCGGCAAAUCCCUAAUCUUCCUCGACAUCGUGAACGAAUUCCAGAAAGUACAAAUCAUGAUCAACAAGAAUAAAUGCGUGUCAGAGAAGCAUGGCAGUAUACAAAAGUUCUCCCUCUUUAAAAACUUGAUCCAAGUUGGCGAUCACAUCUCGAUUACCGGUCAUGCCACUCGUACCAAAGCCGGAGAACCAACUCUCCAGGCCACUCAACUCCCAGAGCUUCUGUCUCCGUCAAUGGAACAGAUUCCCGAAAAGCUCACCGAUCCUAAGGCGAGAAUGGCAGACCGACAUGUCGAUAUGCUCGUGAAUAGAGAAGUAGUCGACGUGCUUAGAUUACGAGCCGAAAUCACAAAGUAUAUGAGAGAUCACUUUCACUCGAAGAGAUUCCUGGAGUUUCAAACCCCGAUCCUGGCUGAAAAUGCUGGUGGAGCGGUUGCUCGCCCUUUCAUCACCCAGGCCACCGAGUUUCGGAAUAAGGAUCUUGCUCUGCGAAUUGCACCAGAACUUUGGUUGAAGCGCCUUGUUGUUGGAGGUGUUGAUAAGGUGUUUGAGAUUGGCCCUGCCUUCCGUAAUGAAGGCGUCGAUGCUACUCAUAACCCAGAGUUUACAAUGUGCGAGUUCUACAGCGCCUAUACCAACCUCUCGGACCUGAUCAAGGAAACGGAAGAGCUCCUCCACGGCCUCGCCAAACAUACACAGGAUCUGAUUUCAACUCAACUCACCACACUCCCACCCAUCGACUUGAGCCGGUUUGUGCGACCUUUCAAGCAGGUGGAAUUCGUGCCCGCACUCGAAGAAGCAAUGGGCGUUCGGUUUCCGAAACUUUCAUCUGAAAAUGCCCUUCCAGAGCUCCUCGCAAUUCUAAAACUCGCCGGAAUCAAAAUCCCCGGUGAGGUACCUAACUCUCUCCCCAAGCUUCUCGAUCGGCUCGCAGCAGUAUACAUAGAGCCCAUGUCCUUCCACGAACCGCUCUUCAUCACCAAUCAUCCGGUCUGCAUGUCUCCCUUGGCCAAGGGCUUCCUGUGUCCGAAAACCUACCAACUCGUGUCCGCCCGUGCAGAGCUCUUUGUAGGUGGUCGCGAACUAGCAAACAUGUACGAGGAGGAGAAUGAUCCGGAAGAGCAAAAGCGCAAACUUGCUGCUCACCGUACACUUGUAAAUAAACCCAACGGCGAAGUUGGAUUUGAUGAUGCACCAAAAGAUGACGAAUCUGAACCUACACUUGCCGAAGAAGCAGAGAUGGACGAGUGGGAAGCGUCACCGCUGGACCAGAGCUACGUGAAGGUCCUGGAUUACGGUUUACCACCAACUGGGGGCUGGGGUUGUGGUGUAGAACGGCUGGUGAUGCUGUUCUCUGGGGCAAAUCGGAUUAGCGAUUGUUUGAGCUUUGGAACGUUGCGAAAUGUGGUUGGCUUGUCGGCGGAUGAGAAGGCUGAUAAGAGUGUUUAG